AUGUUUGGAAAAGCUCAUAUUGGUACUUUUCCAGGACACAAAGCAACUACUGAUGAUGUUUUAAAAGAAGAUAAAAGAUCAACCAAUAAUUGUACUUUUGUUGUCACAGUAGUCGAUCUCAUGUUUAAUUCAAAUGUUCAAACUACUAUACUUAGUGAAGAAUUGAUAAUAAAACGAAUUAAGGAAAGGAAAAUGACUAUGCAAAAAGAUCAAGAGGUAUUUUAA